GCCCCUUCAGCCUCCUCCCCCAUCCACAAAAGCAAUCCUUUCGUUUCUGCGUCUCUACAGAAUCUCAGUCUACCACUUUUACUUCGCUUCUCCCCAGUAGUUUCUUCCUUCUUCCUCCGCCGCCGUGUACAGAUUAAUUGAGAAGCGUGAAUGUUGUGAUGGAGAUCAAAGGAGGGAAAAAGAAGUCUAGCAUUAGUAGUUCCUUACAAUACGAAGCUCCUCUUGGCUACAGCAUCGAAGACGUUCGACCCAACGGUGGCAUUGAGAAGUUCCGCUCUGCUGCUUACUCCAACAGCAAUCAGGACAAGCCAACACAAUCCAGGUCUCCAUAAACUGUCGCUAUGGCUGUCUUGCCUGCGAUUCCAAAUGAACCAGAUGCAUCUCCUCCAUCUCCGAUCGGAUUUGAGGGUUUUGAGAAACGUCUAGAGGUUACAUUCUGCGAGCAACCGAUGUUCAAGGACCCUCAGGGACAAGGCCUUCGAGCCCUGACUCGCUGUCAGCUCGAUUCCAUUCUCGAGCCAGCCUGCUGCACCAUCGUGUCCCAGCUUUCCAACGCCGAACUCGACUCGUACGUGCUCUCCGAAUCGAGCCUGUUCGUGUAUCCUCUGAAGAUCAUUCUCAAAACUUGUGGCACCACGAAGCUUCUUUUGUCCAUCAAGCCUAUCCUGAAGCUCGCGGAAUCGCUCUCACUCUCUGUCUCCACUGUCAAGUUCUCCCGCGGGAGCUUCAUCUUCCCAACCUACCAGCCUUCCCCUCACCGCAGCUUCUGCGAGGAAAUCGCCUUUCUGAAUGACCACUUUGGCGACCUUAACGCCAAGGCCUAUGCCAUCGGCGAUCCUACUGUUCCGAAUCGUAAUUGGCACAUUUACUCGGCUUGCAAAGAGACAGCCAAUUCACCACUGCUCGGAAAUCAGACUGCGACGGCGGAGAUCAUCUUAGAGGUGUGCAUGACUGGAUUGGACCGCGAAAAGGCGUCCGUUUUCUUCAAGAAACAAGGAGGAGAUGGUUCCGUCGGUGAAAUGACCAAAAGGUCCGGAAUUUCGGGCAUUAUUCCGGGUCACGUGAUCUGCGACCACGAGUUUGAUCCGUGCGGUUACUCGAUGAACGGGAUCGAGGGUGCAGCGUAUUCAACAGUACACGUGACCCCAGAGGACGGAUACAGUUACGCCAGUUACGAAGCCAUGGGUUUGAACCCCGAGUCAAUAGGUUUGGGUCCGCUGGUGAAUAAGGUCGUGAAGUGCUUCGGACCAAAGGAGCUGAGCGUGGCGGUCACGUGCAAGACAGGCGAGGAGGAGGAGUGGGCCAGGCGGGAUGCUGACGUGGAGGGGUACGCGUGCGGGAACGUGGUGAAGCAGGAGGUGCCAGGUGAAGGGUGCGUAGUGUACCGGAUUUACAGAGCCAAGGGAGGCGAGUGCGCAGUGCGCGCACACAAGAAAGCAAGAAAGAAGAAAAAGUCGUGCAAGAAAAUGUUGUCGGAGGAGGCAGUGGUGCCUACUUGCGUCUAUUCAGCUUAGCGGCGAAUCUCUCGAUCUCUUUUUCGUUUUACUAUCGGGUGGUGUCGUUUUCUGGUGAUUUAGUGAAAUCCUUGUCUUCUGGUGUUUUUUUUUUAAAUAAUGUAUUAAUGUCGUCUUUGAUCAAGAGUCGUUAAGUGCUUAUUAUGUCAUGUACGGCAUAAAACAAGGCUUAAUCAUGAUUCAAUCUAAUAUAAGGCCCUCUGUUCUGUGUA